AUGCUUCUCAAAUACAAGCCUAAGGAUAAAGUGGCCAAAAAAGAGUGCCUCUUGAAAAGAGCUCAUGAUUUGGCAGAGGGAAAGACUCCUGAGGCCAAAAACCCUACAAAAUAUGAUCUCGACCACGUCACCUACCUUAUUGAGCAGAACAAAGCACAAUUGCUAGUUAUUGCUCACGAUGUGGACCCCAAUAGAGUUGGUUGUUUGGCUUCCUUCAUUGUGCAGAAAGAUGGAAAUCCCAUACUGCAUUGUGAAAGGGAAAUCUUCACCACAGUCAAGAAUGAAGAUAAACUAGAGUUUAGAAAAAUCAUAGAAGCCAUAAAGGCCAACUUCAAUGAUAAUAUGAUAAGUAUAGGAAGUGGGGUGGUGGGAUCAUGUGUUUAA